CCGAAAUGGAGUAGAUUCAUAGUGGGGCGUUUCAGACGUAUAUUGAAACCGUAUACUGUCAUGUGAGGUUUGUUUACUUCCGCCUGAAACUCGAUUGCACGUGUGCAGAAAGCCCACUAUCAGUGUGUACUACGGACCAUGGCUGCCCCCGACUCCAUUAAACCCUUCAGCCCAGAGGAUAUCCAAAAGAUUCUUCAUCAUCUGCAGCAGCCCGCAGUCUUCAUGAACAUGACCCGCGACUGGCCUGUUCUUCACUGGACUGCAGAGCACCUGUCCGGCUGCCUUGGUGACAAGCUCGUCCGAUUCAGACUUGGGAGGAAAGAGGAGACAAACACACCUCUGUUUGAGACCCAGUGUUCCUAUGUGGAGGCCAAACUGGCACACUUUCUCAGCUGGACCCGGGGCCAGGCUGGGACUGAUGUAGGGCCUUUCUUUGAAUACCCCGAGUCAGAGUAUUGGGCCUACGCUGACUACAAAUACAUCGCCACAUUGUUUCAAGAUCAGCCUUCCAUGUUUGAGGAUGUUCGGUGGUCAGAGUUUGGUUUUGAGGGACGUAAUGGAAGAGAGAGCACCUUAUGGAUCGGCACUGAGGGGGCCAACACGCCGUGCCACCUGGAUUCUUAUGGCUGUAACCUGGUCCUGCAGGUACAGGGACGGAAGCGCUGGCACCUCUUCCCUCCAGAUGACACCGUUAACCUCUACCCAACCAGGAUCCCCUAUGAGGAGUCCAGCGUCUUCAGCCAGGUGGAUGUUCUCCAUGCGGACCUGAGGAGGUUCCCAGCAUUUCAGGCAGUCAGGGCCCACGUCGUCACGCUGCAGCCAGGGCAGGUGCUUUAUGUCCCCAGACACUGGUGGCACUAUGUGGAGUCAGUGGAUCCCAUCACUGUCAGCGUCAACUCCUGGAUCGAGUUGGAAGUGGAUGACGUGGCAAGAGUUAGUGAAGCUGUGACCAAGGCCGUUGUCUGCGCCUUUAAAAGCGCACCGAGUGAUGACAACACCGACAACUGGCUCAAUCCCACUGAGGAAGGCAUGCCAUCCCAUAACGAGAACAUGCAGUAUCUGAAUCUGGCAGUGAGAGCUUCUGCUCAAAGACACAGGGGCCUCCGCCACAGCGAACCGACCCAGGACCAGAGAGACACCCGUCCAGUGAAGCGGGACUCCAGAGGACAAAUCAGGAAGAGCAGAGAUUUGGUCAGCGACUGCGUGGCCUUCAGUGUUCCCUUUGGUCCACAUCUCACCCCUGUACGCUGUCAGCAAGAGUGCUGGCCAGAGGCCGGGGGGGUGGUAACAGAAGGACCGGAGGUCAGCUCAGACACAGCACCGAGAGCCAAGCUUGCAUCUGCAGUCAGACUCCACCAGGGAAAAUAUGAAUGUAGUCCUAGUUUAACUCCACCAUGUGACGGUGCAGAUGGGAUGUCAGAGAACUCUUCAGAGGAUUAUGAGGAACCAAUACACACAACGAUAACCACUAAUGACCUGUUAGACUGCCUGGUGCAUCCUGAUGUCAUCGCCCAUGUCACUAAGCUUUUACUGCAAAGGCACACAGGGAAUCGCAGCACCACGACACCAUCAUAGCUUUAAUAUUCACCAGCCAUAAACGAUAUAUAUCAGCCCAAAGAGGAAGGAAAGGUAAUGGUCCUAGUUUCAGGGGCUUUUUCGAAUGCUUGAUCUGAAAAUGUUGUAACUUUUCUACUUUCGAUGUCUCAGUGGAGUGUGGAGUGAUGGAGAGCUGUGGAAAAAAACAAAAGGUCUUUGGCUGCAGAAUUCAUCCCCCAAGGUACCGCUAAUGCUUUGGUGUCAGUAAGAAGUGCGAGAGGAGAGAUGAAGAGUUUCACCCUGCUUUUCUUUCUACUUUCAUCUGUCAACGUCCUCCCGGACCCGGGAUGUGAGAAUUCACGACCAAAACUAAUCAUAAUGUGAUGAGUGAUGCCAUCAAGUGGCUCUACCAUUUCCUUGUUUUGACGUCCUGCGCAUUCUAAUCCUGUUUGCUUCUUCCAGAGCAAGAAAAAUUACCACUUAAAUCAAGUUGGUAUGGUAAUAAGCCACAUCAUGCAAGGUAAUAUUCCUGAAAUGUGAACAUUUGUUUUCCACAUAAUGUUUCCCUGUCUUUUGCUAAUGAAGGUUGUCAUUGAACAACCACAGAAGGCUGGCUCUAAUGGUUCAGUGACAGACGAAAGCUGUGAUGAUGAAUGAAAUGUUUGUUUCACAGCAGGCUGCCGCCACAGGUCACAUAUCUCUGAGAGGGAAGGAUGGACAUGUACAAGAAUAAUAAAUGCAAAUCUGAAGCUUUCCUCUAACUCUGCGUUCUAUAUUUGAUGUCCUGCACGCACUUCGCAGUUUGAGCAUGAGGAUUUUUGCAGUUUCAGCAUAACACAUUGCGGAAAAAAAUAGUUUUGGUCACGAAAAUGGAGAACUGACAAAAUGCACAUUUUAAUCUUCUAUAAAUUUUUCAGCAUCAGAGCUGUCUAUUUACAGAAGUUUAUAGGGAGCAGCGUCAUCCACAC